AUGCUCUCCCACCUCUGGAGGCGCCACCGCGUCGUCUCCAGAGCCGUCGCUCCUAUCGCACGCUCCGCUUCCCGUAAGGCGGGGAAGCAGCGGCAGCCGCCACCUCCUCCACCGCCGCCGACACCGCCGAAGCCACCGCAGAAGCCGGCGUCCUUCACCUUCCAUGACUUCACAUGGCAGGAUCCGUAUAGCUGGAUGGCGGACCUACAGGACCGCGUCGCCAUGCGCCACAUGGACGUAUACAUGGAACAAGAGGAGAAGUACACCGAGGCCGUCAUGGCGUCGCUCGGUGCCGAACGUCUCCAGCUCAAGCUUCAGACAGAGAUGGCCGCCCGAAUGGCCAGCGACCUUUGCUCCCCGCCGGUUCGUUGGGGUCCCUGGAUAUAUUACCGGCGCAUCGAGGAGGGGAAGCAGUAUCCCAUUCUGUGCCGGCGGUCCGCCAGCUUGAAUGAGGAGUUCGUCUCCUACAGCGCUCCUUCUGCCGGGUUCGAUUUCAACGCUGGGAAGCGGAUCGAACAGAAUUUGCUUGAUUAUAACCUUGAGGCUGAUCGGUUCGGAGGUAGUAAAACCGUACAAAAUGCAUAUCUAAAUCUUCAUUUGUUUCGGAAUAAGGAAUCUCCUGUCUGGGAUGAUUGAGACCAAUGGUUUACAUUGACCGCUACGCCUGCUUGUGAUUGAUAUUGAAACUCUCGUUGUUGGUUACACAAAAGCUUGUAUAUCCUCACGUCAUCAGAAUUACUUUUUCUCUCUAACUUUGGAUUCUUUUCAUAGAAGAAAGGAGAAUGCGGGCGAUUCCUUUGCAGUUACUCCAUUUAUUAUUGGUCUCACUACACUUCUAACAAACUCUGUCUUCUUAACCAGUGUCAUUUCCGCAGACAUUUUGCUCCGCAUUCCGGAAGGUGGAUGCUUCUUUUUUUUUUUUGGUUUCUUGAAGAAAAACUAAUAAAGUCAGCUUCUUCAAAUCUUUAGACCCUUCAAUGAAUCUUAACCAUCUCGCUUGGAUCAUUGGGUUGUUCUGACGAAUAAUAUGGUUAAUGAUUGUGGGCACUAUUUUCCAUCAGAAAAUAUAUGCUCCGCUUGCUUGACCGAAAUGAAAUGUUGUGGCAGAUGGAAUGUUGCCAUUUUCUUAUUUUUGCGACAGAGCUGGUGAUCGCGGUUGAAAACUGCAAAACAGAAAUAGGAAUACGUAGGUUUUUUGGAUAUAUUCAUUGUGCAAUGGUGUUAGCUGUUGAUUUGCCGUUGUCCUCGGAUCUCUCAUACAGGGUACACUUACGAGGAGCUCUCUGAAGUGUCACCGGAUCAUCGUUAUCUUGCCUAUACUCUCUAUGAUAAGGAUAAAGACUCCUUCACUCUGUCUGUGAGGGAUUUGGCCUCGGGUACACUUUUUGACAAACCCCAGGUUGAUCGAGUGUCAAAUGUCGCAUGGGCAAUGGAUGGGAAGGCCCUGCUCUAUGUUGUAACAAAUCAGUAUCGAAGACCAUAUAAGUGAGUAUUGUACCAAGUGGUGCAGCUGUCUUUUGGUGGGAUGCAUAUAUUUUUUUUAAUGUUGGUAAUUUAGAGAACUCUUUUUCUAGGAUCUCGUGUAGCAUGAUCGGAUCCAAAAAAGAAGAUAUUUUAGUCCUGGAAGAAUCAAGUGACAACGUGUUUGUGAACAUCAGGAAUACCAAGGAUUUUCGAUUUGUCACUGUGAACAUCUUCUCUGAGAUGUCAUCAAAGGUAAUUGAUCACCCAAUUCAUGAAUGUAGUAUUGUACGGUUAACAUCUCAUUCUCCUGUGGUUUGUCCAAUGAAAGUUUUUUUACUUGUAGGUGUUCUUGAUAAAUGCAGCUGAUCCUUUUUCUGGGAUGACCUUGAUAUGGGAAUGCGAACCACAAACUCACUGCAUAGUUGAGCAUCACCGGGGAUAUCUUUAUCUAUUUACAGAUGCUGCAAGGGCAGGCAUGCCUGUUGAUUCCCAUUAUCUGCUUCGAUGUGCUGUCAAAACUUCUGGCUCAAGGACUUGGGAGGUUUGUUGAAUAGAAUCGUACCUUCAUAGCCUCAGAGAUAGUAAAAUAAUCGUACCUUCUGCUGUCGUGCACUUUAUAGAUACUAAUGCGAUUAUCUGUUCCUUCCUUAGUUGUCACAAGUCGUCAGCCUCCUCGAGCCCCGAAGUUUUUUUUCUUAAAUGGCAGUGUUGGGAAAAGUUUUCUUUUUUCUUAAUACCAGGGCUGUUGUUUUGAAGUUUUAAUGCAUUAGAUGCCAAAAGUGUCGUUCACAAAAUUUUCUAAUGAGAUACAGAACAUCUGCGAGAACCCGAAUCACUGUAUCCUUACCAUAGUAAUGAUUGCUUCACUUGGAUUAAUGCAGGAUCUGGUGAAACUACCAUUGGGUUUUCAGGAUUUCUCUUUUUGCAGUGAUACCUGGAGACUGGUGUAGGUACCAAACAAUGGGUGAUUUAUGAAAAACCAUGAGUUCAGUAAAUUGAAGGAGUUUUAUGUUAUAAAGAUUAAAAUUGGGCAUUAGUUGCAAUGGCAAGGUUUCAAAAUUCGGAUUGGAACUUUCAUACCAACUAUCCAUUACUAACUCGGAUCCUUGCGUGUUAAAUGGCAUAAGGGGGAUUUUGGAGAGUGGUGGCGAGUCUAGUGCAGUAGUGUUAUAUGUAGUUUCCGGAUCUUUUUUCAUAAUUUUUCCUUUUUUUUUAAAACUUCGAUGUUGUGACUUUUGGUGUAUAUAUGAUCAUGAGGGCCAGCUGGCGAGCUUCUCACCUAUCUAGGCGCAAGACUAAGGUUGGACUGGGGUGAAUUUGGACGGGCCCAGUCAAGAGUGAAUGAUUGGUAAUUGCAACUGGCAUGGGGAUCUCUUUAUUGGAUAUUUUCAAAUGCCUUUGCCAGCCAGUGAUCUGGGUAAAAUGACAUGGCAAUAGAGCACGGAUAUAUUUUGUAUGGUACGGACGUUGAUUUACAAGUUGAAGAUUGUUAUUAGUGUAUUAUCAUAUAAGAAACUAUCAUACUAAUGCAAUGAGUGUGACAAGAGUUUAAUCUUUUUUUGAUUCAAGAACUUUACGUGGCUUCUUAUAGUUUCUCCAUAUUUUAAUGUACCUCACUCUUAUUUGUUUGAUUUCUCUUGAAAACCAUGUAGAAUGUACUCAUUGAGGAGCCUGGUGCCAGUAUUGUGGAUGCUGACUUCUGUGACACACAUUUAGUUCUUAUAUUACGAGAAGGAAAAACAUUCAGAAUUUGUUCAAUCUGCCUGCCAUUACCUGCAGAAGUGAGGAAAAAAUGUUUAUCUUUCUUUUCUAUUUAGUCUUAAAGUAUGCUUUGUGAGAAAUUUUGAGUUUCAUUUUUUACCGCUGCUAUUUGAUAUUAUCAAACCUACAAAAACUUUUUAUGAUGCAUUAUCAAAAAAUAAAAUUAAUGGUAUUUACUUUGUGUCAACAACUUGAUAAAUGGGUAACAGUAUUCAGUGACGGUUGGGUGAGGUCUUUGGUUAUCAUAUACUUGAAAUUGGAAUUAGGAAUCAUCAUUCGUGUAACUGGAGGUGAACUAGUUUUGAAUAUUUUCUAUUGCUUCUGGCUCAAGACUCGAAUGUUCAAUUUUAUAAGUACUUGAAAAAAAAAAGAACUGGAAUACGCCACAUCAUGCUUUCUAAUUAGAAAAUGCGGUGUAAAUGUCUAUUUGAUACAUCAGUCAUCAUAAAGCUGCUAGUUGCUAAAAUUGAUUCGUUGGAUGUUAUCUGUUUGAGUGGUGAUUCCGAUAUUUGCAAUUUUUUCUGCUAUGGUUCACUCUUUUAUCUUUUUGGUAUGAUCAGGAUUAACCGAAUAUUUUUCUCUUGGCAGGAAGCUGUGCAUUUAGCUACUCUAAAUCCAUACUUUCUACCUCUUCCCAAGCAUGUUUCUCAGAUCUCACCUGGGCCCAACUAUGAUUACUAUUCUUCAACUAUGCGUUUUGUAAUAUCAUCACCUGUGGUAUGAUAAUCACCCAUUCGAAACCACUUCCUACAGAAAACAUGUUUCAUAUCUCAGGAAUUUCUGGUACAAAUGUACACAUAUUUUUUUCCGUUCUGUUUGGUUCUUAAGUUGAUCCUUAUCUGAACACAUUGGGAUCAGAAUGGAAUAGAAUUACAGCGAUGCAUGGCUAAAAGCAAUUUCCAUGUUGUAUUUUUUUUAUAAAUUAGUUAAUUCAUUGGUAUCUGUGUAAACAUGUUAUGAUUAUUUUAAAACAGUAUGGCAAGGAGGUGGGUUUUAAAGAAGGCAUAAAACUGGAUAGAUUGGAUGUCAAAAGAGAUGGCGGUUGGGUGUUGUAUUCCACAAACGUGGGAGAGAGGCAAGCAACAGACUGAAAGCAUUAUAUCGUUCUUCUCUUGUUUGUUGACUUCUGCCCAUGAUAAAAACAAUUCUUUGGGUUCCUGUAAGCCUGGGGUAGACCUGAAUUACGAUUGUCGCCAUCCCUAAAGUUCACUCUAUUUUUUUCAGGGUGUGGAAAGUUGAUUUAUCCUGAGUUUUCCUCUUGUUUUCUAUCUUAACCUUUUUCCCAAAAACAUUUCAGAACUCCAAACCCUGAUUUAAUGUCUUGCUUUAAUAAAAAAAUGAAUAUAGAUAUUUUCUCUUGUUUGAAUAUGUUGUCACAACAAAAUAUCUCUCUGUUCUUAUCAUUAGAAGAUAAUGAGUUUUUAGGUAAUCCACCGCUCAUUAGAGCUUGACAUGGCUUGGUGCAGAUGCCUGAUGCAAUCGUUGAUUAUAAUUUAUCAAAUGGAAAAUGGAACAUUGUCCAACAGCAAAAUGUGCUUCAUGAGGGGACCCGGACUCUGUACGGAACACAUGCUACCAGUCGAGUAGAAUCAUCUGCAGUUCCAAAGAAUUGUGUGCCCACAGCUGAAGAAGACAAUUCUGAUGUUUUGUGGAAUAGCCUCUCUGAGUAUUAUGCCUGUGAAUACCAUGAUGUGCCUUCAGAUGGUGGAGUGAUGGUCCCGUUGACUGUCAUUUACUCACGGAAACACAAGCAAGAGGGAAACCCCUGUUUACUUCAUGGCCAUGGGGCUUAUGGUGAACCUUUAGACAAGCGCUGGCGAUGUGAGUCGAAGAGCUUACUUGAUCGUGGGUGGGUUAUUGCAUAUGCUGAUGUGAGGUAUGCUUCAAUUUGUUCAUUCAUUACUAUGGUAUAAUGUCUCUAAUUGAACGCACCUUUGCAAGAGAUAUUUGUUUCAUAUCAUUCAACAAUCUGCAGUGUUCUGUUAUUCUAUUCUGCUCUGGUUUUUGUUUUGUUAUUUGGUGAUGUUGUUAAUAUUCCACUUUGAAAAGUAAUUUAUAUACAUUAUUAUCUCAUAAAAUGGUGUAUACUGUGGUAUUACUUAUGCUUGUUUUAAAUAUAUUGUUAUUUUGCUCGUUUUCAAUUCAGUUGGUAAGAAUGACAUCUACCCCCGUUCAGAAUUCCAAUCAUGAACAUUCAUUUGUGAUCAAUGUGAUCAAGGAGAUAAUCUGACACAUGCUAACUUUCUUUUGGUGCCGUUCAAUUUUGCCUUUUUUCAUUGUUUCCCCACUUAAGGAGUCUAGCCAACCAGUCUCUCAGUAAAAAGGGCAAGACUCGAACCUGGGAUAUGAGGCAGCUAAUCAGUCUCUACACGCCUAAAAUGCCAAUAUGCCAUCAUCCCCUGUGAUUCGAGGAACCUAGAUGUGGAUGCCAGACGUCUGACCUUUAUGUAAGGUUCUGAUUCGUGGAAGUUCGAAGCAUUUCUCUGAAACGAAACUGUCAUUCAAAAUCCGUUAGCUCCACGUGUCUGAUUUUCUCGUGCAUUUUUCGCCCAGUUCAACUUUUGUUAAAAGCAUGAUCGAGUUCAUUUGAUUGUUAUUGGGAAACAGUGUUUCAUAAAUAGGAAAGGUGCAUCAUUAAGAGGGAGGGAGGGAGGGAGGGAGGGAGUUAUCCACAUGUAAUAAUUAAGUGUAACAUUGCUGUUUGGACAAUUAUUCCAUGAUUUUUCCUUUCGAGUCCUAAUCGAUUGAUAUCUCUGCUCUAAGAGGGAGUGGUGGUAGAGGUAAAAGAUGGCAUCAUGAUGGGAGGCGUACGAAGAAACAGAACUCGAUCAGGGACUACAUCUCGUGUGCACAAUUUCUUAUCAAUAAAGGCCUUGUUCAAGAAAACAAGCUUGCUGGCUGGGGCUACAGUGCUGGUGGUCUUCUGGUUGCAUCAGCCAUCAAUAAAUGCCCUGAUUUAUUCCGUGCUGCAGUUUUGAAGGUAUGAUCUGGGCUAGCAGUUUCUUGGCUCAUUUUUUAUUAACAUUCUAUCUGGGUUUCAUGGUGCCUUAUCUGCUUUCAUCCGAGGCUCGCCACUUGCUUAUAUAUGUAAUGUCUAUAGUUCAUUGAUCUUGUUUUGUGUCUCUUUUGCGUAGGUUCCUUUCUUGGAUGCUUGCAACACUCUUCUCUACCCUGUUUUGCCCCUCACUCCUAUUGAAUAUGAGGAAUUCGGCUGCCCUGGGGACAUUGAAGAUUUUAAGGCAAUCAGAAAUUAUUCUCCGUAUGAGAAUAUUCAGAAGGAUACUAUUUAUCCAGCGUUGCUAUUGACAUCGUCAUUCAACACAAGGUAACUUCUUUAAUAAUUUCUUUGUUUCGAACGGUGUAAAUCUGUGAUUCUUGUCAGCUGGUUUUCCCUGGAAGUAGAAAGGAAAAAGAUAUGAAAGUAGAUGAGAAUAUGAAAACAUACUUUCGCUUUAUUUGAUACACACCCGAGAAUAUUGUCCUGUUUGACAAGUCUCAAUCAGCUUGUUACCCUUCAUUAAAGUAGAUCCAAACUUGGAAAUCUAAAUUUUUGGAUUUGCUGCAACUGCGUGUAAGCGUUUUGUAAAGCAGUGUGAACUAUCCUGUAUAUGAUCCAUGAAUAAGCAAAUCCUAUCUGUGAGUUGACAUCAUAUUGCAUGCUCAAUCACGAGCCCUGUAACAUAUUUCAGUUCUUUACAUAGGAAAGUUUUCUUUCUCAGUCGAUUUAUUUUUCCCGAGCUUCAUUUGAUAAAACUUCUAAAUUAGCACAGAUUUUCGCCAUGCCUCUGUAAAAACUUUCCAGCUCUAUCAGUUUAGUGACUCAGAAAUUUUUGGUUGACUUGCCAAUCACUUUCUCUCCUGUUACCAGUUUGUGAACAUCAUGGUAGCGUUUGAGAUGUACAUUGAGAACUUGGAACGCCAAGGGCUUCGUUUAUGGCUGCUAUUGAAGAUAGGGCCCGUUUGCCUUUAAGUGGGGCUUGGAUAGCCUCUGGAUCUGGCCCAAUUAAAUCUCGAAGACUUGGUUUUCCAAUUCACGUCUAGGUUGAGACUGGAAGUAGAAUCUGUUCUGAACAGGGCCUUGGGGAGAUUAAAAAUGACCCAGAUGGUCUGAAAUAUUCUUCCCUAUGCCUCGCCAGAUCCGGGUUCACAUCCUUUAAUCUGUUUUUCAGUCAGUGUUUGUUGUGUCCGCAACUUCUUCUCUAGUUUAUCAUCUCUCUUUGAUCUGGCAUAGUAGAGCAUAUAUUCUAAUCUUAGUUCAUAAUCUGUUCGAUGUUCUUCGUUUUCAUCGUUCUGUGAACACCACAGAAGCUGCAAGUGCUUGGGAGCUGCUUCCCAAGUUCUCUUGUUGUUGACUUGUGGAGACAGUGAGCAGGCGCUGAAGCAGCCCACUGUCUUUGGAAUUUCAGGUUUGGAGUGUGGGAGGCUGCUAAAUGGAUAGCCAAAGUCCGUGAUCUCACAUUUCACGAUCCAAAGCGUCCAAAGCUGCUAAAUCUAACUGCAGAUACCGUGGAGGAAAGCAAGUAUUUGGAAUCGAAGGAGUUGGCGCUAGAGCUCGCGUUCCUCAUCAAGAUGAUGACGGAUUCCUAG